AUGCCCAUACUGGAAAAAGCUCCCCAAAAGAUGGAAGCAAAAACUCCCAGCAGUGAAGAGGAGCCUGUGUUGCCCAAACUUCCAGUGCCUCCCCUGCAGCAGACCCUGGCCACUUACCUGCGAUGCAUGCAUCACCUAGUACCUGAGGAGCGGUUCAGGAGGAGCCAGGCCAUCGUGCAGCGGUUCGGGGCCCCUGGUGGCCUUGGUGAGACCCUGCAGCAGAAGCUCCUGGACCGGCAGGAGAAGACAGCCAAUUGGGUGUCUGAGUACUGGCUGAACGACAUGUAUCUCAAUAACCGCCUGGCCCUGCCUGUAAACUCCAGCCCAGCCGUGAUCUUUCCCCGGCAGCACUUCCAAGACACAAACGACCAGCUAAGGUUUGCAGCCAACCUCAUCUCCGGGGUGCUCCAGUACAAGAGCCUGCUGGACAGCCACUCCAUCCCUACCGACUGUGCCAAGGGCCAGCUGUCGGGGCAGCCGCUCUGUAUGAAGCAGUACUAUGGGCUCUUCUCCUCCUACCGGCUCCCCGGCCACACCCAGGACACCCUGGUGGCACAGAAGAGCAGUGUCAUGCCCGAGCCAGAGCACGUCAUCGUGGCCUGUGGCAACCAGUUCUUUGUCUUGGAUGUUGUCAUUAAUUUCCGCCGUCUCAGUGAGGGGGAUCUGUUCACUCAGUUGAGAAAGAUAGUCAAAAUGGCUUCCAACGAGGAUGAACGCUUGCCUCCAAUCGGCCUGCUGACGUCAGAAGGGAGGAGCGAGUGGGCUGAGGCCAGGACAGUCCUCGUGAAAGACUCCACCAACCGGGACGCACUGGAUAUGAUCGAACGCUGCAUCUGCCUCGUGUGUCUGGACGCCCCGGGGGGCAUGGAGCUCAGCGACACCAACAGGGCGCUUCAGCUCCUUCAUGGGGGAGGCUGCAGCAAGAACGGGGCAAACCGCUGGUAUGACAAAUCCCUGCAGUUUGUGGUGGGCCGGGAUGGCACUUGUGGCGUGGUGUGCGAACACUCCCCGUUUGAUGGCAUCGUCCUGGUGCAGUGCACAGAAUAUCUGCUCAAGCACAUGGUGACGAGUGCCAGGAAGCUGGUCCGAGCUGACUCUGUCAGCGAGCUCCCGGCCCCCAGGAGGCUGCGCUGGAAAUGCUCCCCGGAAAUUCAAGGCCUCUUAGCCUCCUCGGCGGAAAAACUUCAACGAAUAGUAAAGAAUCUCGACUUCACUGUUUAUAAGUUUGACGUCUUUGGGAAAACAUUCAUUAAGAAGCAGAAAUGCAGUCCUGAUGCCUUCAUCCAGGUGGCCCUCCAGCUGGCCUUCUACAGGCUCCACGGGACGCUCGUGCCCACUUACGAGAGCGCGUCCAUCCGCCGCUUCCGGGACGGCCGCGUGGACAACAUUCGCUCGGCCACGCCGGAGGCCCUGAGUUUUGUGAAAGCCGUCGCGGGUCGCGAGGCUGCUGCGCCGGAGUCGGAGAAGCUGCUGCUCCUGAAGGAAGCCAUCCGAGCCCAGACUGAGUACACCGUCAUGGUGAGUGAGGGGCGCCUUCUCGGGGGCACUCAUGACCGUGCGCUGUGCCCAAAGCUGGGCCGGCAGGCCCAGGGCCACGGCGCGGGACCUGGGUGA